UUCGUAUUCACGAGCGUUCUCAUCGGACAUAUACCCGUUUUUGUUUGAUUUUACUUACCUAGAGUUAAAUAUACACAUGCCUUAGUUCUAAUUUGUGGUUCUAAUCGAGACCGACUUAAAUUUCCAUUUGAUAUACUAUUAAAGCUGUUGCGUAUACUUUUAAAUCUGUCCCACGAUAUUUGUCAAAAUUCGUAAAUCCGUAAAUUAACCAUUUAAAAUGCCAUUUCGACCGGUAGUGACGUAAUUCAAUCGCCAGGUCUAGAUUUCCCACAGUCCAAUUGUAAUUGUAGUCGGUGAAUCUAGAACAUUUUUAGUGAGAAACGAAAUCAAUCUAGUGGAGCAUCUGGCAAUACUGCGUCAACGGCACAUGCCAUUUGUCGCAACCAUGUCGACUCUCUGAUCACAACAUAUUACUCGAGUGUUGAAAGUUAUUAUGCAAGAUAGUCGCUAUGUAUAAGACAAAUGCGUUAGGACCACUGAUACAUAGGUGUACUAACCAAACUACACUAUUUUUUUCUCACCGCCUAGUACAGAGUACUGUACGAAACAUAGAUCAGCGAGCAUUUCAGUAUAUUGAGCUCAAUGGUUCAAUUUCCAGGUAAUAUAGUUUAAUGUAUACGCUGCACAGUAGUUUGUGAUCCUUAUUAUAAUCUCCCUAGUUUCAACUGUCACCGAUUGCCCAAACGGAAUUGAUAGACCGUAUACCCUUGCUGUAUACGCAUGAGGCAAGUUGAAUCUGGCCGCACGGGGAUGCAUAUAAUAUGUGGACGGUAAUACGAGGCUCGGCAAACUGCCUCGGGUUGUGCACCGAAACUGUCUCGGGAGUAGGCGGCGUGAAUAUGAUUCAGCGCGAAGUUUAGAACCCCAGCCACACACAUUGAAUAUCAAUAUGAAUUGGACCCAGGAAGAGUGUUUACAAGUAAUAAACGAGUAUCGUAAAAGAAAAGUUCUUUGGAACCCGCGCGAUCCGCUUUAUUAUAACAAAAUAACAAAGGAAGAUGCUUGGACAGAAAUUGCUGUAAAAUGUUGCAGGAGUACUGAAGAAUUGAAAAAAAAAAUAGAGAGUCUCAAAAGCACAUACAGGCGUGAAAAGACGCGAGCAAGAAAACGCUAUAAAACAGGAAAAGGGCGAAGUGAGAUUCAUCAACCGCAAUGGUUUGCUUACACCAGUCUACAAUUUCUGGACAAUAAAAAUAUACCCUACAAGACGCUAAAUAAUGUGCAAAACAUGUCUGAUGAAAUACCAACAGAGCAUUUUAACAGCGAAAGUCUUGAUGACAGUAACAACAUAGGAAACCAGUUCAAAAACGAACAGAUCGAAUUAGAAAAUUUGCAAGCAUCGGAUGCCGAAGAAGCAUUAAACACUGAGAAAACAGAGUUCAGUACUCUGAGAACCCGAGUACUGAAAAGAAAUAACAUUGAUCAAGACCAAAGAAAUGCAGAGGCGUUUGAUUACAUACGACAAGUACCUGCAAGAUCUGACCAGUUGAAAGAUGAAUGUAGUCUCUUUGGUGAUUAUAUUGCGGCAAAACUACGCAAAUUCGAUGAUCGAUCACGUGCUAUUGCAGAACACAGAAUUAGUAACACCUUAUUCGAUUUGGAGAUGAAUUGCGGGAGAUGUGCGCGAGCGAGAAACUGGGGAAGCGUUCGUAAUGCGGGUGAUCUUAUCGAGAUGUCGGACUGCGACUAUGCUCCUGUCAUUCACAGGAAUUUUCCCCGAUAUACAGUUGAAAUGCAGCAGAACUUAUGGAUGGACGGAGCAGUGUUGGCAACCCUGAAAAUGGUGUCUAUCAUACGAGGGACGUAAUUUCAUCGUAUUUCAGCAAAGAUUAUCGUAUUCUGGUUUAUAUUAAAAUAUUAUAUUGACGAUGCAUAGCAUAUUUCAAUUUUUAUUAUCAUGACCGUAUAUUGCACCGAUUAUGCGAUGUAUUUUUCAUUUUACGAUCUUUUCUCGCGUCAAUCACACGCAUGGCGCCAAAAUUAGCACACUCCAACAUCUUUUUAAAAUCAAAGUAGAUCCAGUUUCAAUAAAUCAGUUGUUAAUUACCCUGAAUAUUAAAAUAAAUAAAUAUAUGA